GGUGUGUAUGAAAAAAUGCGUUUGCAGGACCAGGGAGAGAAGAAGGAGAAUCCCAUGAGGGAGCUGCGCAUCCGCAAGCUGUGCCUGAACAUCUGUGUUGGUGAAAGUGGUGACAGACUGACCCGUGCCGCCAAGGUGCUGGAGCAGCUCACAGGCCAGACUCCUGUCUUCUCUAAGGCCCGCUACACUGUGCGAUCUUUUGGCAUCCGUAGGAAUGAAAAGAUUGCAGUCCACUGCACCGUCCGUGGUGCCAAGGCUGAGGAAAUCCUGGAGAAGGGUUUGAAGGUGCGUGAGUACGAGUUGAGGAAAAACAAUUUCUCAGACACCGGGAACUUUGGCUUUGGUAUCCAGGAGCACAUUGAUCUGGGUAUCAAGUAUGACCCUAGCAUUGGGAUCUACGGUUUGGACUUCUACGUGGUUCUGGGCAGGCCCGGGUUCAGCAUUGCUGAUAAGAAGAGGAAGAAGGGCCGCAUCGGCUUCAAGCACCGCAUCCGCAAAGAAGAGGCCAUGCGCUGGUUCCAACAGAAGUACGACGGCAUCAUCCUUCCCGGGAAGUAAAGGACCACCGUUUUCAAUCUUGUUUAUAUCAAACAAAUAAAGGAAAAAAAACAAA